UAAAAGAAACUGAAACUGAUCUGCUGUUGAGCUGUUGUUUGUGUGUCUGUAUUGCUGUAGACAGUGAAAUGGCUGAAGCCAGUGUUUUUUCAGUGGAGCAGUUCAGCUGUCCAGUGUGUCUGGAUCUCCUGAAGGAUCCAGUGACUAUACAUUGUGGACACAGUUACUGUAUGAGCUGCAUUACAGACUGCUGGGAUCAAGAGGAUCAGAAGAGAGUCUACAGCUGCCCUCAGUGCAGACAGACCUUCAGUCCAAGACCUGCUUUAGCUAAAAACACCAUGCUGGCUGAAGUGGUGGAGAAACUGAAGAAGACCAAACUAAAAGCUGCUCUUCCUGCUGGACCUGGAGACGUGGAGUGUGACAUCUGUACAGGAAGAAAACACAAAGCUGUCAAGUCCUGUCUGGUGUGUCUGGAGUCUUACUGUCAAACUCACUUUGAGCGUCAUGAGGAGUUUCGCUCAGGAAAGAGACACAAAGUGACUGAUGCCACUGGACGACUGCAGCAGAUGAUCUGCCAUCAACAUGAUAAGCUUCUGGAGGUUUUCUGUCGUACUGACCAGCAAUGUGUUUGUGUACUUUGUAUGACAGAUGAACAUAAAAACCAUGAGACUGUAUCAACUGCAGCAGAGAGGACAGAGAAAGAGAAACACUUGAAGGAGACACAGAGUGAACUCCAGCAGAGAAUCCAGCACAGACAGAAAGAUCUUGAGCAGCUGAGAGAGGCUGUGGAGUCUCAUAAGGUGAGUUUGGAGAAGAUCUCUGUCAGUUUCCUCUUUUCUUUUGAUGCUGUGAGAGAAUCUGUCGGUCAGCUGAGACACAAACUGGAGGAUUUCUGCAAAGAGGAGAUGAAAAAGAUAUCUGACACUCUCAGUAACAUUGUUCCCAGGACCAGAGAGGACUUCCUACAAUAUUCCCAUCAGUUCACUCUGGAUCCAAACACUGCACAUAAACUCCUCCGUCUGUCUGAAGGGAACAGAGCGGUGACUUACACUGACACCCUCCAGCCGUAUCCUGAUCAUCCAGACAGAUUUGAUGUUUAUCUUCAGGUGUUGUGUAGAGAGAGUGUGAGUGGACGCUGUUACUGGGAGCUUGAGUGGAGUGGGAGUGAUGUGGAUAUAUCAGUGUCAUAUAAGAGCAUCAGCAGGAAGGGAUUUGUCAAUAAGUGUGUGUUUGGACGUAAUGAUCAGUCCUGGAGUUUGUGCUGCUCUCCCUCCAGUUUCUCAUUCCUGCACAAUAAGAGUCAGACUGAACUCCCUGUUUCCUCCAGCUGCAGGAGAAUAGGAGUGUAUGUGGAUCACAGUGCAGGAACUCUGUGCUUCUACAGCGUCUCUGACACAAUGAACCUCAUCCACACAGUCCAGACCACAUUCACUCAGCCGCUCUGUCCUGGGUUUUAUGUUUGGGGUCGACAAUCAUCAGCAAAGCUAUUAUAACUAUCUAGAUCAGUGAUCGCCAACCCGUCGGUUCAUAAGCAGUGUUGCCAAGUCCGCGGUUUUCCCACAGAAUUGAGCUACUUAACACAGUUGCCGCGGGUUGUUGUUCAUGUCCGCGGGUUGAAGCGACCCAAAUAACGUGAUAUUCAGUGCCUGGAAUGUGAAUUUUACUUGAAUUUUACUUUUACCCCCGGAAUGCGAUUUUUACAGGGAACCCUCCUCGAAAGCGAUUGGACUGGUUUUAUUGCGAAAACCUGGCAACCCUGUUCAUUAGCGC